AUGAAGAGUUGGUUUCGCGUAGGCUAUUGCUGGCAAAAGCUGCUCGCUGGGAACGGCGGCUGUGCUUUGAACAGCUUAGACUCAGAAGCCUUUGAGGCUCAACCGCUUCGGCCCAGGAUGGGGAUUGAGGGGACGUGGGGUCUGGCGGGCCUGGAGAUUGCUGCCGAUCCCAAACGAGAUCCAAACGUGCAAAAGGACCGCUCCGCGACCAUGGCGUCAGCACAGGAGCAGGCACAGGCCCAGGCGGCCAGCAAGACGAGGACAUCCACUGCGACAAUACCCACGCUCACGGUGGAGUUCAGCAAGGAGCUCACACGUCUGGGCUCCGUAAGCAACCGCUUGCGUCACAAAAACUCCGAGGACAUGGUCGAGACCGUGAAGUCUGCCCGGACACCCCGACUGCUCCACUGA